AUGCCACCACAGCUAAAGCUUGUUGAUAAAUAUUCGCUACACCGAAACUCUCCAUCACUAUUAUAUAAUAAUUUAUACCCCCUUGGUGAUAACGCGUUCGUGUAUCUCAGCGGUAAUACUGUUUUUAGAAGCACUCCUGGCAAGAAGGAUUUAUCUUGCAUCGCUAGCUAUACCGAACCUGUUAUCAACUAUUUUGCCGCGUUUUUUGAGCAAUACGGAAAUGUCGUGGCGAUUGUGAAUCAGCUAAGUGUGGAUCUCUACGUCUCGGAUAAAAUCUGUGUUUCCUUGGUUUACGAUAAGUACGCCCUUACCAGAAGCAUUGGAGUUGGAAACUGUGUAAGCCUUUGUCUCGAUAAAACCGGUAUGAUCUGCCUCUUCAUCGGCACGAGUACCGGGGACCUUAUCUACACCGAUUACGACCCGUUGGAUAGUGGAGAUCGGACAACGCGUUUAGUCCCAAAAAGUUCCACGAAUACGCAUAAACUGCGCUCUAUCACGGCGCUGGAUGCGAGCCAUAACUACUUUUAUAGUCCAGCCCGUAUCGUUUCCGCUGAUAUCGGGGGUAAUGUGGUAAUGUGGGAUAAAGAUAGGCAGCCCUACUGCGUUAUCCCCAGCCUCGACUCGGAGUCCGAGUGUGCAACGGCGGUGAAGAUCUGCGGCGAAGGAAAGUUAGCCGCGGUGUCGUUCGGAAAUGGGAAAGUCAUUCUCUACAGCACCGCUGACGGCCACAGAAACGUGGAGAUCUGCGCGCAUGCGCGCUGGAUUAACACCAUGGCGUGUUUUCACGGCUUCGAUGCGGCGCGAAGGGGUGAUCUGCUCGCCACCGCCGGCGAGGAUGGUACCGUGCAGCUCUUCAAAGUGGAUCACUCCGACGGGGAGGUGGCGGCGUUGGUGUGUUGGCUGACGAGUAUUCAGCUGAGCGACGUCAUUCCCACCGGUUUGUGCUUUGAGGCGGGUGGAAAAUCCAUAGCCUUGUCGUGUUAUGACAUACCCUCGAUUUCCGUCUUUGCUGUUUCGGAUUUGUAA